AAAAAAAAAGGAAAACGAUUCCAAAAUAAAGGGGAUCCAAGAGGCGUUCUUCGUCUCGUUACCUCCGUUCUCUUGGCCAUGACUGCCGCCGAAACGUCCAUGGAGAUACCCUACCCCAACGGUGGCCGGAAUGCGGAGCCCCCCAGCAACGGGGGAUCUGCAGCGGAGGCCGAGAAGAAGAAGGCUCGCGAGAGCGAGCGGCGCCGGCGACGGAGGAAGCAGAAGAAGAACAACAAGGCCUCGUCCCUCUCCGCCGACGCCGGCGGCGACGAGAGCGAAGGAGGCGGCGGCGGCGGCGGAGCCCAGGACGAGGCGAAGGAGAACACCGAUCCCGGCCCCGAGGUUGAGGUUUCCGUUGAAGUAGAGUAUGUUCCUGAGAAGGCUGAUAUAGAAGAAAGUUUUCUUGAAGACUUCAAGAACGUUUUUGCGAAGUUCAGUUUCCAAGAUUCCGCUGCUAGUUCAGAGGAUGAUGCCAAAAAGGAUGAGGCUGCUGCAAAUGCAGCAUCUAAGAAGAUGGGGGAUUCUGAUUCCGAGGAGGAAGAGCAGGAUGCUCAGCAGAAGGAGAAGGGGCUAUCUAACAAAAAGAAAAAGCUGCAAAGGAGAAUGAAAAUUGCUGAGCUGAAACAGAUAUGCUCAAGGCCUGAUGUUGUUGAGGUAUGGGAUGCAACAGCAGCAGAUCCAAAACUUCUGGUGUAUCUGAAAUCAUAUCGGAAUACUGUACCUGUUCCAAGGCACUGGAGUCAGAAGCGGAAAUUCUUACAGGGAAAGCGAGGUAUCGAGAAGCAGCCUUUUCAACUUCCUGACUUCAUUGCUGCGACAGGAAUAGAAAAAAUAAGACAGGCAUACAUUGAGAAAGAGGACAGCAAGAAGCUGAAACAGAAGCAGCGUGAGCGCAUGCAACCAAAGAUGGGAAAGAUGGAUAUAGAUUACCAGGUUCUGCAUGAUGCCUUUUUCAAAUAUCAGACAAAACCAAAGCUGACUACACACGGUGAUCUAUACCAUGAAGGAAAAGAGUUUGAGGUGAAGCUGAGGGAAAUGAAACCUGGUAUCUUGUCUCAAGAACUCAAAGAAGCUCUAGGCAUGCCUGAAGGUGCCCCGCCCCCAUGGCUUAUUAACAUGCAGAGAUAUGGCCCUCCACCUUCUUAUCCACAUCUGAAAAUACCUGGUCUAAAUGCUCCUAUUCCUCCUGGUGCCAGCUUUGGUUAUCACCCUGGAGGUUGGGGUAAACCUCCUGUUGAUGAAACUGGUCGUCCGUUAUAUGGCGAUGUUUUUGGGCUUCAACAACAGGAACAAAUUAAUUACGAGGAAGAACCUGUUGACCGGAGCAAGCACUGGGGUGACUUGGAGGAGGAGGAGGAGGAGGAGGAAGAAGAGGAAGAGGAGGAACAGAUGGAAGAAGAGGAGUUGGAGGCAGGCAUUCAAUCCGUUGACAGCCUUUCAAGCACUCCAACUGGUGUGGAGACGCCUGAUGUCAUUGACCUUAGGAAGCAACAGAGAAAGGAGCCUGAAAAGCCACUAUAUCAGGUCCUUGAAGAGAAAGAAGAAAGGAUUGCUCCAGGGACUUUGCUUGGAACAACUCACACGUAUGUUUUUGGUACACAAGACAAAACAGCUGUCAAAAGGGUUGAUCUUCUGCGCGGUCAAAAAUCAGACAAAGUGGAUGUCACCAUACAACCAGAGGAGUUGGAAGUCAUGGAUGAUGUUUUGGCAGCCAAGUAUGAAGAGGCACGAGAGGAAGAGAAGCUGCGAAAUCAGAAGGAAGAUUUCAGUGACAUGGUCGCAGAGGCAGAGAAGAAAAGGAAGCGCAAGAUGCAGGAAAAGGAAGGGAAAUCAAAGAAGAAGGAAUUUAAAUUCUAGGUCUGAUCACUGUGGUUGUAAUCUGUGCCUGCUCGCUGCAUGCGUAUACAGAUAUGCACUUAACGAAUUCAGUAAGUUUAGACAGGUUCCUAGAUCUGGACCUGCGACCCCGGGAAAAUCCUUUGCUGUAAACAUGACUACAUGUUUACGUAAUUCUUCUUGUCUGCUUUGGUAUAUAACAGUUGUGUUAUGACCAUUUUAUCUUGCAUUUUUCAUUUGCAUAGCACAGAAUACAGUGCAGAAGUUGAAGCCUGCUGUAACUCCACUGUCUAAUUUAACGCCAGAUUUCCAUGAUUUGAACUCGGCAUUCC